AUGCCACCCUCAAUAACUGCAAGUAACGAGAAACUAAAAUCAAAGAAAACGACAAAGAGGAAAAAUGAAGAGGAAUAUAUUCCUUUUGAUAAUGAUGAAUUUAUUGAGGCAGAGGAUGAAACUACGAAAGCAAAAAAACCAACAAAAACAAAUAUUAAGGUUACUACUCACAACAAUCCUGUGCCAAGCACACCCAAAAAGAGAAAAACAGGAUCUACUGUUGACUUUGUUCCUGUAACCACCCCAUCCACAUAUACAAAUUCAAACCAUAAUCCUGUUAAAGUGGAUUUUUGCCAGUCAGACCUGGCUAACGAUGAUAGCCUGUUUAAAAUACCAUUUAUUAACAGAGAAUAUGUUUCUCAACAAUUAGCAGAAUCUCUAUUACUCCAAAAAUCCACACAAAAAGGAAUCCUGCCAAUUUUGAGCCAACAUUUUGGAAGUGGAAAGACAGCCCUUGUUGAAAACUUUAGACAAGUUUUAACAAGAAACAAUAUUUCUCUUGUUGGCACAGAAGAAAAUGUCAAGAGUUUGAUGCAGGCUGCCUUGGUUUAUUUGGACGUAUCAAUUGAGGCUCCUUCUGAUAAGUUUGAGGAUUUAGAUUUAAAAGGUAUUUUUUUUGAAAAUUGCUUGGAAAGAACAUGUGAUGCUUUAAAACAGGUUGAUGCAACAUUCUUGGACGAAUCAGAAAAGGAAAAAUUGAAAAUGAGUUUGUCUGUGAUUCAGAAUAUGGUUUGUAAUGAAGAACCACUCUACUUGCAUCAGAAAGUUGUUGCCUCAUUCAAGGAUUGUGGUAACAUUUUCAACUUUUUUCAAAGAUGGUCAAAAAACCAACUUUUUCCCUUACUUUUAUUUUUUGAUGAAUUUUCCCACUUGGGAGAGAGUGUAAUUCUCAAAUUUUGGCAAAGGUUGAAACUGCUCUUUGGAUGUACAAACCCUGGAAAAACUAUUAGAUAUCCAGGUAUAUAUAUUGUGGUUGCUGGUAAAUCGGCUGCCCUCGCCAAAUUAGGAAGAGGUUUCAUUGUUUCUCCAACGCCAUCUAUUCACAUUGUAUUGGACAUGCUGAAAGUUGAGCAUAUAGCUGAACUGAUAACUGAGUUAGAAAUUUCACCAAACAAAAGUAUUACAAUGAAACAAUUUUUGGAACAGGAAUUCAAAAUUGGGAAACAUUUUGAGUUUUUUUGUAAAGUUCUUCAUGAAUAUUCUGGAGGAAUACCUAGACUAAUUAUCAAAACAGCAUUCUCUUUUGUGGACUAUUGGCGUAGAACAGGAAAAGCAGUGGAAUUGUCUUCACGAGAAAAAAUUGAGCUAGUAUUUAAAAGUUUCAAAACAAGUGAAAUAUUGAGCCAUGUAAGAAACCUUUCUGAAAUAAUUCCAUUAACAUUUGAGGCUGACCAUCCUUCAUAUUCAACCUUGAAAAGAUUUUUCUAUUUUGCAACUGUCGGAAUUCCAGUAGAACCAAAAGCAAAUAUGAUUGAUCUAAUAUAUGAUUUGAAUAUUGGAGUGGAAACCAUGUUGGUAGCAGAGGAAGAUGUUUCACACCAAUAUUUUCGACCAAUUGUUCCAAAAUUUAUUUCACUUUCAGAAAUAGAAAUACCUGAAAAAAUUCAAAUGUUGCAACAAAUAUUCUCUCAUGGAUUUAAAGAGUCUCAAUAUGUUGACAAAGGAGCAUUGCUAGAAAUACUUGUACGAGAUACCAUCAUUAGCAAAAUUGUUUUUCUUAUCACAGAAAACAAGUUGAAAGGAGGCAAAUGGAAAACAAUACAUCCAUGUUUUGCAAAAUCAAAUCUCUUGAGAGAUAAAAUUGUCAAGAUGGAUACACAGUAUGUGAGAUACAUGCCAAAAAUUAUUACCAGCAAUAAGGCCAAGUGUCAUAAAGAUUCAGAAUACUUUGAAAUGGAUAUUCCUUGGGACCAUACAGCAUCUGAUCAAAACUGGAAAAAAGUGAAACAAGUCUUUUUUAUUGGUGAUUGCCUUGUUCAUCCAGCUCCUAAAUCAAGGUCAAGUGAUUUUUACAUCAACCUCCCUCCUGAUUGUGCACUUGCUUUUGCAGUUAAGAAUUAUCCAAAAACUGUAUUUUCAAUUCAAAUGCUACAACAAGAGAUUGAUACGUGUUUUUUAUCUACACAGAAAGGCACUUUUUCAAAGAUUACAUUAUUCGUAUUUUGUAGUGGUAUUGAACAUUCUGAUCUUAAUAACUAUUGCGAUCGUGAUGGAUGUUUGGUUCUUGAAUCUGGAGUUUAUGAGUUUGAGGAGAAUAAUACUAUCAAAACAACUCAAUCAAGUUUUAAACCAGUUUUUAAAAAACUUAGAAAUACACCAAAUAAUAUAUCAGAGUACUCACCGCCACACCACGAUCUCAAAAUUUAUAUCCCUGACGACAUGGAAGUUAUCGUUUUAGGCAAGCAAAGUUUUGACUCUUUUUUCAAUGAAAAUGAUAGGUCAUUAUUGCAACGCUUAUCAACAGACUUGCCAACUGUUCAACACCUAGAAAGCAUUUUACCAAAUAUUUAUUAA